AUGCUCAGCGGCUUCAACCAACAUGUUCGGCGUUCUUCCGCUCCGAAAGUAUCUCUCGCCUCGAGGAACCACAUCGAGAGCAUGGACGCGGGUUUGGCGUCCGUAGCAGGGGCUCAGGAGGUCAUCAAGGAUAUGCUGUCGCGACGAUCCGUCACGAAGCUCAUCCUCGGCCACAAUACCCUCGGCGACGAGGGCUGCGAGGAGCUCUUCGGCUUCCUAUCCUCGGAAGCAGGUCGGAAAUACAAGAUUGCAGAGAUCAGCCUCAACUCGAAUCAUAUCGGCAACCGCGGACUCCUCGCCAUCAGCCGGUACCUCCAAGAUAACACUACGUUGAGGGAACUCUUCCUCCAGAACAACGCAUUCAUUGGGGACACGAAUGUAGCACUCGUCUUUGCCCUCUCUAUCAAUUCCUCUCGGUUGGACACCCUGUCCUUGGCCACCAACGAUUCCCUUUCGGACACCUUCGUGGCCAGUUUCUUCUCUGUACUCGACGCGCCUUACUUCCGCGAGAUCCACCUCUCCGUCUGCGGUCUCACCCAGGCGGCCACACCACAUCUUGUCGAAUACAUCACGUCGCCUCGAUGUCACCUCCAGGUGCUCAAGCUGAACGGCAAUCAGCUCCGCGUUCGAGGGGUGUGGCCUAUCGUGCGGGCCAUUCGCUAUGCGAAUUAUACUCUUUUGCGCAUGGAGCUCUACGCUACAGGCCUGUCCAAGCAGCCGGACGAGAGCGACUUAUCCUCUGAGGAGGAUUCCGGCGACCGCCUUUCCAGGUGGCAGGACGUAGAGACCGACCUCAAGCGGUCGCUCACGCGGAACUCGACUCUGAAGAACCUGGUCGAGAGGGAAGCUUUGGCGCUCCUGCGAUAUUCGCGCGUUCUUCUCCUGCGGCCGAAGGCCCGCGACGCAUCACCUGCGACACCUAUCGUCUCCCCUUGUUCGGAGUCGUGUUCGUGUGUUCAGGUCUCCAACACCACUCUCUUCUCGUCAAUUGGUCAACCUUACCCACUCUCCGUCACGCCUUCGCCACCGCACGGCUUCUUCCCCUUCGCGCGGCUUCCAACGGAGCUGCAGUUACACGUCCUUUCGUUCCUGGCGCCCAUACUAUCCAUCCCCCAACGCCUCCGGAUCUUCACCUACGCCUCGUCGUCUUCGACGCUUCCCACCCUCCUACCCUGUCUGUCGAACGGUGGCUGCAUCCCCGACCCCGCGAGUCCGCAGUUCACCCUGGGCGGUCCCGCUGCCGGCGGGUUUGGGGUGAGUUCGAGCAUCAUGCUUCGUAAGCGCGGUGGAGGGUCCGUCUCUGCGUGCGCGAAUGGGAAGUGUAUGGGUGCGGGGAACAGCGUGCUGUGCCGGAAAGAGGCGGAGCGCUCGCAAUGGCUCACGGAGGUGCGGUGCACGGCGUUCGAGCUGGAGGACGAAAUGGCAGGGACGCGGGAAUAUUGA